AUGGCGGGGCAGUGCAGCCGGUUAUUGGACCUAGCAAAGGUUCAAUGCCGAGUGUUUUCCUUGAACUUCAAUCCGGAUGGGCUACGGCUUGGCAACAAGGUUUUGCGACAGAGACUACGAGGUCCAGCGUUGACAUCAUGGUAUCCGAAGAAAGUUGUCUCUUUCCGAGAUCUACGAACAACAUGCAACUCGCUGGGUCUGACGACUUUUGACGAGGCCGAAGACGACAGAGAAGAGGCUAUCCAGAUUGCGAAAUUGAGAGGGAAGGGAAGACCGAAAAAGAAACGAACUGCUGCAGAGUCCCGAAGUGCCAAGAAAAAGAAAUAA